ACCAGGGGCGGCUGAGGCCCCCACUCCUCGCUCCCCUCCGCGUCGCGCUCAGUGGAGCGGCCUGGCCGAGUUCCGGUUCCGGUUGCUGCCGCCCCGGGCGGGCUGGCGGGCGCUGAGGCUGGGGCGAGCUCGCCGUUGGUGCUCGGCUCGGCACCUCCCACCCGCCGCACCCUGGGGCUGCUGCCGCGCGGGGGCCUGCGCCGCCCCCGACCCCCCUGCCAGGCGAUGGUGCAACCCGAGGGAGCGCCCGUCCCCCCCCGCCGCUGACCCGGGUCCUCCACUCCAUGGCCGCUUCGGCGCCGCCCCCACCGGACAAGCUGGAGGGAGGUGGCGGCCCCGCACCGCCCCCUGCGCCGCCCAGCACCGGGAGGAAGCAGGGCAAGGCCGGUCUGCAAAUGAAGAGCCCAGAAAAGAAGCGAAGGAAGUCAAAUACUCAGGGUCCUGCGUACUCACAUCUGACGGAGUUUGCACCACCCCCAACUCCCAUGGUGGAUCACCUGGUGGCAUCCAAUCCUUUUGAGGAUGACUUCGGAGCACCUAAGGUGGGGGGCACAGCCCCUCCAUUCCUUGGAAGUCCUGUUCCCUUUGGAGGCUUCCGUGUACAAGGGGGCAUGGCAGGCCAGGUACCCCCAGGCUAUGGCACUGGGGGUGGUGGGGGUCCCCAGCCUCUUCGUCGACAACCCCCUCCUUUCCCUCCUAACCCUAUGGGCCCUGCUUUCAACAUGCCCCCCCAGGGGCCUGGCUACCCACCACCAGGCAACAUGAACUUUCCCAGCCAACCCUUCAAUCAGCCUCUGGGUCAAAACUUUAGUCCUCCUGGUGGGCAGAUGAUGCCUGGCCCAGUGGGGGGAUUUGGCCCCAUGAUUUCACCUACCAUGGGACAGCCUCCCAGAGGGGAGCUGGGCCCGCCUACUCUGCCCCAACGCUUUGCUCAGCCAGGGGCGCCUUUUGGACCUUCUCUCCAGAGACCUGGGCAGGGACUCCCCAGCCUGCCCCCCAACACCAGUCCCUUCCCUGGUCCUGACCCUGGCUUUCCUGGCCCUGGUGGUGAAGAUGGAGGGAAGCCCUUGAAUCCACCUGCUCCCACUGCUUUUCCCCAGGAGCCCCACUCAGGCUCCCCGGCUGCUGCUGUCAAUGGGAAUCAGCCCAGUUUUCCUCCGAACAGCAGUGGGAGGGGUGGGGGCACUCCAGAUGGCAAUAGCCUGGCACCCCCUGGCAAAGCAGGCGGAGGCUCAGGGCCCCAGCCCCCGCCGGGCCUGGUGUACCCUUGUGGUGCCUGUCGGAGUGAGGUGAAUGACGACCAGGAUGCAAUUCUGUGCGAGGCCUCUUGCCAGAAGUGGUUUCACCGCGAGUGCACAGGCAUGACCGAGAGCGCCUACGGACUGCUGACCACUGAGGCCUCUGCCGUCUGGGCCUGCGACCUCUGCCUCAAGACCAAGGAGAUCCAGUCCGUCUAUAUCCGAGAGGGCAUGGGGCAGCUGGUGGCAGCUAACGAUGGGUGAUACUGGUGAAGUGGCCCAGGGAAGCGCACAUGUCCCUCCCUGCUCUUCCAGGGUGAUUGUUUCCAUGUCUGGCUCUUGGUCCUUGUUUCCACUGGCUUCCCAUCCCCAUGGGGGUAGAAACAUGAGGACUUUUGGGGGACAAAAAGAGGUGGGCAGACAGAAGAGCCUGGAUUGCUCACUUCUCUGGAAACUUACCUGUUGAGCGCCACAGAGAUCCAGGAAACCAAAGUCCUGCCGAGUAGAGCCAUUUUCUUGUGUGGCUCUCUGGAGGCCUAGGGGGUAUGACUGCAAGAGAAAGAGGCUGGAGGAAGAUGUGG